CCGGGAGGCGGAAGUGGAGGUUGUUGUGGCUCGGCCGGCUGCGCGAGAAGGCUACCGCUGCCGAGGCGGCAGCCGCGGCUCUGAGGCGGUGGCGGCGCUGCCGACCGCGGGCCGCUCGGCCUCUGGGCUCGGCCCGCAGCCUCCCCUCAUCCCGCCGGGGCCCACGCCGACCAGCGCCUGCCCUAUGAGUGUGUCACUGGUGGUCAUCCGACUGGAGCUCGCGGGUCACUCGCCGGUCCCCGCCGACUUCGGCUUCAGCGCCGCCGCUGGGGAGAUGUCCGAUGAGGAGAUCAAAAAGAAGACACUGGCUUCAGCUGCCGCCUGUCUAGAAGGGAAGUCACCAGGGGAGAAAGCAGCAAUCAUCCACCAGCACCUUGGCCGGCGGGAAAUGACUGAUGUGAUUAUCGAGACCAUGAAGGCCAGCCCAGAUGAGUUGAGAGAUACAAUGGAAGAAAAGAAGUCUUCAGCAGCCUCCCUGUCUGCACAGAGAAGCAGAAAGCAAAACGAGUCGGUGAACACAGCCCCAGACUCCCCGUCCAAGCAGCUCCCAGACCAGAUUUCCUUCUUCAGCGGCAACCCUUCCGUUGAGAUAGUCCAUGGCAUCAUGCACCUGUAUAAGACGAAUAAGAUGACCUCCUUAAAGGAAGAUGUGCGGCGUAGCGCCAUGCUGUGUGUUCUCACUGUCCCUGCCACCAUGACCAGUCACGACCUUAUGAAGUUUGUCGCCCCAUUCAAUGAUGUGAUUGAACAGAUGAAAAUCAUCAGAGAUUCUACUCCGAAUCAGUAUAUGGUGCUGAUCAAGUUCAGUGCACAGGCUGACGCAGAUAGCUUCUACAUGGCAUGCAAUGGCCGCCAGUUCAACUCCAUUGAAGAUGACGUUUGUCAGCUGGUCUAUGUGGAAAGGGCUGAAGUGCUGAAAUCUGAGGAUGGCGCCAGCCUCCCUGUGAUGGACCUGACGGAGCUCCCCAAGUGCACUGUCUGUCUGGAGCGAAUGGAUGAGUCUGUGAAUGGCAUCCUCACCACCCUGUGCAACCACAGCUUCCACAGCCAGUGUCUGCAGCGGUGGGAUGAUACCACGUGUCCUGUUUGCCGAUACUGUCAAACACCAGAGCCAGUGGAAGAAAACAAGUGUUUCGAGUGUGGUGUCCAGGAGAACCUCUGGAUUUGCUUAAUAUGUGGCCACAUAGGAUGUGGACGGUAUGUAAGUCGGCAUGCUUACAAGCACUUUGAGGAAACUCAGCACACGUAUGCCAUGCAGCUUACCAACCAUCGGGUCUGGGAUUAUGCUGGAGAUAAUUAUGUCCAUCGACUGGUUGCAAGCAAGACAGAUGGAAAGAUCGUUCAGUACGAGUGUGAGGGUGACACCUGCCAGGAAGAGAAGAUAGAUGCCUUACAGUUAGAGUAUUCGUACUUACUAACAAGCCAGCUGGAAUCGCAGCGGAUAUACUGGGAAAACAAGAUUGUUCGCAUAGAGAAGGACACGGCAGAGGAGAUUAACAACAUGAAGACCAAAUUUAAAGAGACCAUUGAGAAGUGUGACAGCCUGGAGCUCAGGCUCAGUGACCUUCUGAAGGAGAAGCAGUCUGUGGAAAGAAAGUGCACUCAGCUGAACACCAGAGUGGCCAAGCUCAGCACAGAGCUGCAGGAGGAGCAGGAGCUAAACAAGUGUCUGCGUGCCAACCAGCUGCUGCUGCAGAACAAGCUAAAGGAAGAGGAGAGGCGGCUGAAGGAGACCUGUGACCAGAAGGACCUGCAGAUUACCGAGAUCCAGGAGCAGCUGCGUGAUGUCAUGUUCUACCUGGAGACACAGCAGCAGAUCAGCCACCUGCCUGCAGAGACACGGCAGGAGAUCCAAGAAGGGCAGAUCAACAUCCCCUCGGCCCCCAACCCACCCUCUUCUGGGGCUGGUGGCAAGCUGCCGUCCAGAAAGGGCCGCGGCAAGAGGGGCAAGUGACCUUCAGAGACUUGUUCCUAAGACUUCCUGGGCACCGCAGGGUGUGCUGGGACCUUUGCUGAGCGGGAGGGUGGGCCCUAAUAAGUAUGCCUGAGGAUGAACUGCAGUGUGGCUCCUUCAUUUAUGGCGUGUGAUCUGAGGAGACUGCAAGAGGGUGGCAUUGGCAGUGCUUUGCAAAGUGGUGAGUCUAGACCUUAGACCCCUCAUGGCCACUCUGCCUUCCAGCUGGGGGGGACCCCAGUCUUACGUGUUCUUCCCUUGUAUUUAUUCAGUUGGAGCACUUGCAGUUGAAUUCUGGGGUAGGUUUAUUACAUGAUGUGACCUUAGAGCCGCAUUACCUAGCACUAAAGCACAGCGCCUCCCAGAGGCUCCAGCUGCCUUCAAAAGAGGAGCCUGCUGCCCACUGCAGAGCAAUCAUCUCCUGCCAUCCCUCUCUUCCCCUGUGGAGCUCAAGAGCUGCUUGAAUGUCACAGAGAAGGGGCUAGGAUGUAAAGCAGGCACAGGCUUGUCCUCAGCAGCCAUCAUGCCUGGCUCGAAGGCCGGAAAUACAAGGAACUGGGGCAGAUGGAGUAGACCCAGUGUAGGGAAGAUGGUGACAGUUCUCUUUUUGAUGACUCCAUACAAAAUGCGCCUGUCAAAUAGGAAAAGCCUUACUGGCUCCAUCUAGCAAAAGUCAGCCAGGGGCAUGCCUGGAGAGAGGUCCUGACAAGCUGUGUGCAUUGCUGGGGUCGGUGUACACUGACUGUUUACAGGCCGGGCUCAUGUUCAGGUCGCAACUAGAAAGAACAUGGGCAGAUUUUCAGUUUCGCUUUUAGGAUUUAAGCAAGGGCUGCUUCUCGCUCCAGAACCUGCCUGCAGCAGAGUCCCUUUCAAACAGCUGUAUGAUACUUACUGUGACCAACAGGGGGAUUGUGUGCCUCUCUCUAGAGCCAGAACAUCAGAUAACUAGUAGCACAGUGACUGAGCAGAAGUGAAGGGACACCUUGUGGGGUUGACCUGACUUGUAGAAGAGCUUGAGCAGUUAGGACAGCAGUGUGUAGUGCGGUUUGAUCUUCUACUUCAUCAUCAGCCAGAGGUUUGAAAUGUCACACUUUAGGGCUGUUUUUUUUUUUCUGAUUGGACCUUGUCCUUUGACCUGAAUCAGCGUGUUGUCACAACAUUGCUUGUGUCCAGUUCUGUGGAACGUGCUGCGGCAUUUCCCAAAAUCCCACCGGUAACUGCAGAAUGAGUGUACUCAGACCUACACGGCUCUUCCUGAGGGCGGGCCUGAGCCUCACAGGCUCCUGGAGCCAGGGCAGGAGCAGAUCAGCCUCUCACGGGGCUUCCCCUUGAUCUAGAGCGCAUUUUACACUGUUACAGCCCUGGUCUCAGCCCCACUUGUCUUGCACAUCUGACCUUGCAGAAACUGGUGGGUGGUAGCAUGCUAAUGAAGAGAACUGGAGGUAGUUCCAAAGCUGGCUCCUUAUUCCAUUACAAUCCACCAAGCAGCCCUGCCGCACUUCGCAGCACAGGUCUGGGAAAAUGCCCAGGAAGGCUGUGGCCAGGGGAAGCAGCAGAUAGGCAGAGGUUUCCAAACUACUUGAAGGUCUUUUAAAAAUGUUCCAGGAAAACAAAAAUCAAGAUGUGUAAAUAAAAUGUUAUUUUAAAAGGUCAAAGAG